CGGGCUUCCGUGCGCCCGGGCGUACCUGCGCGGUUCACUCGAGCGGCUCCGUGGGAAAUACGUGCUUGUUUGGAAACAGUGCCCACGGGGACAAACUAAGAACUGCGCUAUAAAAGGAUACAUGUUUACUUCAAGUAGAAAGGAGCAUGUUCCCAAAUUCUUCAAACUUGGGUCGUCCAUCCUUCCCUCCAAAACCUCAACAACAGAGUACUUUCUUUGCUAAACUUCCUCUAAAUAUGCCUCCUACUCCUCUUCCUCACCAGCAAAUUACCAUUCCUCCGUUUCAUUUUCGCAAUGCAGUUCUUUCUAGAGCUCUUUUGAGUGGGAACACUGAAGCUACUCCAGCUGUUAGUCCAGCUGUUACGCUCCAACCAGUGACUUAUGGAAGUGGCAGUCCAGUGUCUACGUCGGGUGCACUGACCUCAUUUCAAGGAAGAAAGAGACAAAGUCAACGGAGUGUUCCAGAUGAUGCCAAACGGAAGCGGAUUCAUUCACACAAUUCUGACGCAGCUGUAGUUAACCAAGCAGUGCCUUUCCCAGAAGAAGGAAGAGGCUCCUUCCCAGCAUUGAUUUCUGUUCAGUCUCCAGUGUUGCAUGCACACGGCUCACCAGCCUUAAUUGGAUGUGUCCCUCCGUUGCAAGAUACUUUGUUUCCAGAUGCUACAGAAACCAGGCUCCCUGUUGCCAAGGACGAGUUAAGUCAACAGGUUUUGGAGUUGUUUCAAACAUGUCGACAGCAGGCCUCCGAUUUGGACAGAAAAGAGCUUUGCAGAACAGAGCUCCAGAGAGAAAUUCAGCUAAUUUUUCCACAGAGCAGACUUUUUUUGGUUGGGUCCUCACUGAAUGGAUUUGGUACUCGUACUAGUGAUGGUGAUUUGUGCCUGGUGGUUAAAGAAGAGCCAGUGAAUCAGAAGACUGAAGCAAGACGUAUACUCAGCUUAGUCCAAAAACUCUUCAGUACUAAACUUUCAAGUUACAUUGAACGACCUCAGCUAAUAAGAGCAAAAGUGCCAAUAGUGAAAUUCAGGGAUAAAGUCAGCAAUGUGGAUUUCGACUUGAAUGUAAACAAUGUGAUAGGUAUAAGAAAUACAUUCCUUCUGAGAACCUAUGCAUUCAUUGAGAAUCGAGUUCGUCCAUUAGUACUUGUUGUUAAGAAGUGGGCAAGUUUUCAUGAUAUAAAUGAUGCCAGUCGUGGUACUUUAAACAGCUAUAGUCUUGUGUUGAUGGUUUUGCACUAUUUACAGACCUUACCUGAACCCAUCCUUCCAUCCCUCCAAAAAAAUUACCCAGAAUGUUUCGAUCCUACUAUGCAGUUGCAUCUUGUUCAUCAAGCUCCACGUACCAUUCCUCCUUACAUCUCAAAAAAUGGAUCAAGCCUUGGAGAUUUGCUAAUAGGCUUCUUCAAAUAUUAUGCCACAGAAUUUGAUUGGAGCCAUCAGAUGAUUUCAGUUCGUGAGGCCAAGGCUAUUGCAAGACCUGAUGGUAUUGAAUGGAGAAACAAAUUUAUUUGUGUAGAAGAGCCCUUUGAUGGGACAAAUACUGCUAGAGCUGUACAUGAGAAGCAGAAGUUUGAUAUGAUCAGAGGUGAAUUUGCGCAGGCUUGGCAAUUAUUACGAGACAAGAAAGAUCUGAACUGUAUAUUACCUUUAAAAGCAGCCAAACAGAAAAGAUGACUAGCUUCUUUCAUUUUCCCUGUUUUUUGGAUCCUGCUGAAUUAAAGAACAGUGUCAAAAUCAGGAGGCACCCAUGGUUUUUACGACCUGUUUUUCUCUGUAAACUUUUGUUAAGGAAAUGUUUAUAAGGAAUGGCAUAUUUUAUUAUCGCUGUUUGUUAAUACAGCUGCUCAUUCAAAGAUAUGCUUUCGGAAAAUGCUUGCAUUGUUGACUUCUAGAAGAAACUCGCAGCAAACAACAAGAAUACAUCUAUUUUAUGGAAAGUAUGGGGAUAUACUUACUUGUUUCUUCCGUGAUCUGUGUAACCAUUGAUUUAGACAGAUUUAACCAUGAAAGAUAGAUACUCAAAGUUCAACCAUGUGCAAAUCUGACUACAUCCUUAAGGCGCUGUGCACUAUCAACGUCUUGAUGAACAGAGUAUGUGCUUUACAUCUGCUUGAUUGCAGUAAGCACUUCUGCUCAACUUAGCACUUUCCAGUUUUAUUUCACUUUUACUUGGAAUUACAAGCAACUGUUUAUGAAAAUGAAGCUAGAUUAUGGUUGGUAGUACUCUGAAUAUCAAGAACUAUAAUCUAAACUGGACAUUUCAAGCAACAGUUGUACUACGAAGAAGUUGAAGUAAAAAAGCUCAAUUCAAUGCAUGUUAAUGUUUCACAUUCACACAGAGUAGGCAGGAAAAGAUUUAGUGCUUCCUUUUACGUAUUUGAAGCAGUAGUGAUGUCUCUUUUGGAGAAAAAGACCAAAAUCAAAACACCUCAUAUCAGUGCUAAAAUAAACUGGGCUUCUUGUUUGAUUUUGUGUAAAUGUUUGUGAAUUGGUCAGCCACUGUAAAUUGAAUCUAAGUAAGUAAUUCUGAAAAUUAUAGCUCUUCCAAAAAAUUGCAAACCUUCUUUUAGACCUCCUGUAGCACAAUUUGUUCUCUCACAUAUUUGUUAUUGAAGACAAAUUAAUUAUUAAGACUGUAUUUACCACCAAUGUUAAAUUCGUACUUCCAUUUUUUAAAGUUUAAUAUUUUAUAUGGGUCCAGUAAAAUAAAGUUUAUAUAUGGAAGAUAUGGGUUAUUUUUCCAAUUCAUGUUAUUUUGUACUGCAUCUUUAAAAUAGUUCCUCUAAUUAAGUAGAAUAGGAAAUGCCCUGUGAGGUGAGACACAUGUUGCAAUUCAUCAAAAUCUGUCAUGGCUAUUCUGCAGUACAUCUGUGAAUAGGCAAAAGUUUGAUUUAUUACAUCCUCUAACAAAAUUGUGAAAACCCUUAUAACUGUAAAAUAACAAGCAUUAUGUCUUCUUGUGCAAACUUUUAAGUUCUAGUUUAUUUAGAAGUUCUAAAAUACUGUAAAGUAUAUGCCUGAUGUGAGAUUACUUCCUACACAUUUUGUCAUGGUGUAGUCUGUGUAGAAUUUUGUCUUGUUUCUGCAAUUGACUUCUCUUUUGUAAUUUAAACUUUCAGUUUUAAUAUGACUCUAGCAGUCCACUGAAACGUUCUUCCCCCUUGCAUAUGUUCACCCUCACUGCCCUCUCUCUAUAGUAUGGUAGAGUUGGGAGUCAGUGAAACAUUCACUUUCAUUCACUUUAUGUAAUAUCGAUGCACAAAAUUUUAGGACAGGAUGAUGUCUGGAUUCAAAGAUGCUCUACAAGCUCUAUGUAGAUUCUGGGAAAAGGAAGUGUUGGCUAUAUCUUCUUUAAAAAGAUACUGGCUACAUCUUUGUCUAGAAAAUUUAAAACUCUCCCGACAGAAUAAAUAAGAAGAGACAUAAAUGUUUAAAGUUGGUAAAAAUGUAUUUUGAGCUGAAUGUGAGAAACAAAACUUUAUAAAAGGCAUAAAACUUUCUUAUGAGUUUGUAUUGCAUCACCUCAUGUGUCAACAUUUUUUACACUUUAAAUUAAUGCUUCAUGUUUGAAACCACUUCUUCCUAAUGGUUUUUAAAAGGUUAACUUAAAAAAUUGUGGUAUCUCUAAGCUACUCUAUGAAAGUUGCCCUACCAAUUCAGUGGUAUUUUUAAGAUAUGGUCUGUAAUCACAAUAGUCUUUGUCUUUCAAAAGAAUCCUUUUGUAUUUUUUCCCCAAGUUUAUGUCCUUCUGAUAAGGCAUGUCUAUAACCACAAAUUCUAGAUGGUCGUUUUCACCAAUUUUUUUAGAACAAGCCUGUUGGUAGCAUAAUUUUUAAAUAGUGGGCUGCAACUUUUGUCAGAAAAAAUCAGAUAUAAUACCACAAAAUAAAUGGUUUGGGGAGAGUGGGUAGGAGCUGGAUUUUAACUUUGAAUUCAGUUCUGUAUAGUCUAGGUUGUUAGAGGUUUAAUGACCUAGGUUUUCAUCUCCUCUGGGCAAAUAUCCAGAGUGAAAAAUUCACUAAUGGCUAUCAUACCUUUUAGUUUUAGGGUAAAGUUUUCACCUUUCCUCAGCUUCAAAAUAAAAACUUUUACCCUUGGCAUACAUCCUAGCAGGAGUAGUUUUUUCUGAGAGCUCUUUGGUAAAAGGUAUUUUUCACAACUGACCAAGGUUUCAGUGUAUGUGCAAGAUGCUGUUUUCUCUGGGAUUUGUUAUUGCCUUGGAAUAAAACUGGUUUAAUUCAGUGCUUUCAUUUAUUUAUUUUUAAAAAUUAUUAUUCUGGGCUACCCUUUUUGGCAUUGGGUUCUCUGGUCUUUUUUCACCUCAUGUGUCAGAAACCACUAGUGUCUUCUCUAGGAUUUUAAGAACUCUAUUUAGUCCUUCAGGCUCAGAGGAGUACAGUAGGACCAAACAUCAGCAAGAGCUUCAUAUUUGGUGACAGUAAUGCAGAACUGGUAUAGGCUAUACACUGUGAAACUUAAAGUUUCUAUUCUGGCUCUUGCUCUCACUUGUCCUCAAAUGUGAAUGUGUAAGUGAACUCUCAGUACCUUUAGGUGUGUUGACAGUAUAAGGUGUUAUUUUUUUAAAAAAUCCCUCACAAAGAAAGCAAUAUAAAUCAAUUUUAAGACUCACAUUGCAGGGUGACAUGAUUGUUUGGGAAAAACAGAUAGUGAUGAGAAAAGGAUGUAAGAUGAUUUGUAUAAAACCUGAAGUUAGCAUUUGUGAAUACAUUACAUUUGUGAAUCCCAAACAUCUAUUUGGAACUAGUGCUUUACUUGAACUUGUGUUACUGGACUCGAUUCACAGUAUAUUUGAUUUUAAAUUUACGUCCAUGAGAGAAUGUCACUCUUGAUUUAUUGUACUGUACUCGCUACGGGUUGUCCUGUAUUUUGUAGUUUGUUUUUUUUUUUGCCUUGUUCUCUGUAAUCCUUGUGUGUUCAGAUAUAAAUAUUUCUUUGAUUUUACUGCGUAUGAUGCUUGUCUGAAGAGCAUGAAAGAAUGUGUGAUAAGUUGGAGGGUUUCUGAUAAAAGAGUACUUGCCUUUCUCUUGCUGUGCUGGAGACUGAAUCAAAACUUUUGUGAUGUAUGUAUGUUUCAUCUACAAGCAUUUCUAGAAGACUUGUAAUGCUCUUGCCUUCCACAUGAAAUUUAAGGAAGAGUACUUCAUAUUCUUUACAUUUUGCUGUGUGCACUGUCUACACUUAUGAUGAAAUGUAGAGUUUAAUUUAGUUUAGUAAUACCUGUUUCAAAUACACUUUUCAAAAAAAUUACAUUGUCACAUUGUAAAUUGUGUAUAUCACUGCGUGGGUCAAGAGAGCAGAAAGGUUUUACCUGUACAUACUAUUUUGAAAUGUCAUGAGAAUUUUGAUUUAGCGUGCAGAAGUAGGUUGUAGUCAGAAGUACAGGGCUGGGUGUUUCUAUACUUAUAGCACUCUUAAGUGAGAGUUUGCUGAUUGAUUUAUUACCAGCUAUUUAUCUGAAGAACAAUGAAAAAAAAAAAAAGAUGGGAGCAUUAGAAUUAUACUGUGCAUACAGUUAUUUAUACUUGAGAUAUCUUGGAAAUUCUUUACUUAGAACUAGGGGUCUAGCGCUUUUCCUCCUCUUCUAAAAUUUUUUUUUUUUUAAUAAAGUCAUUAUUUUGACUAGUACAGAUUAGAAAUAUUUCUGUUUUGUCUGAAAAGCACUGCAUUUUGUGUAAAAUGCAGAAUAAUAAAGGGUAAAUGUGGCUUAACCUAAACUGUACAUGGUAGUAUAGUUUGUCUUUGCUUUAAACUAUAAUUGGUUCAAGUCCACUCAAAUAGGAGGUUUUAA